CUGAUCGUAUUUGAUAAUUUCAAAUCAAACAUAAUUCAUUCUAUCUGAGCGUUUAGAUGAAUGAAUUUUUUUUGAACCUUGAAACGUUAAAUUUCUAAAUUUGCAAUACCUAAAAAUAAUACCAAGUUAUCUAAUUAAAUAGAAAUGAAUUGUUAUUUUACCAUUCAAUCUUUUUUAAUUUUUAUAAUAGACAUGCAUUUUUCAAUGGCUAACCAACCUCAAUUAAAAGUUACCAAAAACUGGUUACGGAUACAAAAAGAAUUUAAAUCCGAUGUCGCUAAAAAAUUUGCCGAAUUUGAAAUCGUUCCCGAUGUUAUUGUCACCGCUCCUGAUGAAUUAUGCAGUGUAACUUUUCCUGGAGGAGUUUCUGUCAAAAUGGGAGACAAAUUGAGCUCUGAACAAAUAAAAGAAGAACCAGAAGUAUUAUGGAACUGUGAUAAAGAUGCCGUUUAUACUUUAGUUAUGCAAAACGUUGAUGAUCACGACUGCAUGGAUACUCGCUCGUGGGUGGUUGUAAAUUGUCCAGGAUGCAAUUACUUCGAAGGGCAUAAUCUUUUUGAUUAUAAGGAACAAGAUCCCGAUAAACACCAAGAUCGUUACCGCAUUGUUUUUCUAAUUUAUCGACAACCAAAAGAUAUGGAUAUCCGCGAUAUUUCGUAUUACGAUUUCACCAGCGAAACAAUUUAUCCAGAUCCUUCAUUCGAUGUUCAACAUUUCGCUGAUUUCCAUGGCUUAGGUGAUCCGGUAGCUGGUAAUUUUUUCAUUAUGGAAGAUGUCAAGUUUAAGAACCGGAUUCAGGCACUUUAUAAAUACACGCCGAGGGAAUUGAGAUACCCCAAGCUUCUAUGGGCAUGGGAAGAUAAAGUGAAAAAGGAAGCUCUCGAGAAAGCUAGAAAAGAAAAUCUUACUCGAUCAUCGACAACUCGAUCAUAAUAACUCUAAUGUACCAUAUUUUAUAUUCAAAAUAGGCAGUGGUUAGACGUAAGAAUCCAUUUAUUAUUUCAAUCAAUGGAAAUAAUCCAUCACGUGUAAAUUUUGAUAGAAUUUU